CUUCCCCAAAGUUCACUUUUUGGAGUUCAGCUGCAAUGCAACUUUAGGUUUUGGCCGCGUAGCGCACAAUGAUGACAGGGUAUCGCCUAGUUUAUUUUUAAGCAAAAAUGCAUAUGUUACCACGUUUGUUGAAUAAGAAAAAUAGGCACCGAGAAAUGGACUGGCGGUGGACUGUUUUUACCCUGAUCCUAAACUUUCACUUCACCUAUGGGUCCCCGUCUUAUUAUGACUUAUUCCACGGGUCUGCGCACGCUGGAACGGUCCAGAGACACAGAAAUAGGAACUGGUGCGCCUAUGUGGUGCAGAGGAACGUGAGUUGCGUGGUGCAGGGGAAUGCAGCGAGCUUCCAGGAGCCUGUGGUGGCCCCCUGCCCGGCCUACCAGCCCGAUUGCCAGCAACAAGUGACAUACCGAACACGGUUUAGACCCACGUACAACAUUGCCUUCAAACCAGUUACUCAGUUAGAGUGGAAAUGCUGUCCUGAGUACAGAGGUCCCAACUGUAAGGAUUUAAAGCCACCCACAGAUCGGCAAACAGUGCAGGGAGCAUCGUCUUACCUCCAACCAAAUCCUGGAUACUCACCCAGACACACACAGAGGGCUGAGAGGAGGGAGACUCCACAUUAUGAGACUCAACAUGGUGUCACGGAUAAGGUGCAUUUUCUCGAACGUGAAGUUCAGCGUCUGUCCCAGACGGUCUUGGAUCUUCAAUCCACUUUAACAGCAUUAGCCACCAACCUCCGCACAGACCUUCAGGACGACACCAAAAAGAUGCUGGAGACACUCCUGAACAACAUGCGUCCUCCAGAAACCAGCAGCAAUGUAGAGGAAACUCCAGUGGUGAUAGACGGGCAUCAGGCGACCAGGGGAGGGAUUGCUGGAGAUAAAACCCUUGAGAAAAUUGAAGCUCGCUUAGAUGAUAUUGACAAUGCUCUGCGAUAUAAGGAUGAAGCCUUGGAAGAUCUAAAGGGAAUCACAUUAAGUCAUGAGGGGCAGAUACGUGUCUUAAUGGAUGCCUCUCAGUCUCAGACUCCAGCCUUAGCUGAUUUUGAAGGCUUACAAACCUAUGUUGAUGGGAAAAUUGAAAAACUGAAGAAGGAGCUGGAUGAGAAUGUAGAUGAACAAAUGGUCAAGUUACAGAACCUUUGUGAUGACAAGAUCUCUGCGGUGCAAAAGACUUGUGAAGAUGGGCAUGACCAAGUUGGUGUGAAGUUGAGCAAGCUUCUGGAGAGCAAAGAGGCUGACCUGAGAAAAGAGAUUCGAACAAUACGUUUGAGUAUGGCUGCCUCAGAUGGACCUGUGCAGACUUCAAGACAGACAGAACCAUCUGAAAAGGACUACAGCGACCAUAAAGACAUAUGGCGCGAAAUUGAUCGCAUAGCAGAGGCUCAUCGCAUCCUUAACGUCCGUUUUGACAACGAACUAGGUCACUUAUCGUCCCUUCAGGAAAUUGGUGAUUUGGGAGUACUAAUUCAAGAACUGGAGGCACGUGUGAAUAUUACUGAACAAAAUGCAGAAACUCAUUGUUUCUACAUUGAAGAUAAGCUAACACGGAUAAUAACAGAUGAAGUGGAAGCACUCCGGCAAUUGCUGGAUCAGCGCCUGAUCACAGCUGAGGACCAGUUCACAAACAUCCUGGUGGAAAUGAGCAACAACUCCUUCCCAAGAGUGUCUGGCGACUCAACGGGUGCCCUCGAGACAGAGGUCAACAAUAACAAACUCCUUCUACAGGGUUUGAAUCAGAAAGUUAAGGCUGUUGAAGACUUGUGCUCUGCUGGAUGUUCAGGCUCUAAAAUUACAACGGAUCAGGGUAGAAUUGCAUCCAUGCCCGGUCGUGUAGAAAACAUUGUGACGGACCUGAAUCGUUACAGGAAUGACUUGGAUGUUCUUCACACAGAUGUAAAUUCUAACACAGAGAAGCUCAAACAACUGGAGAAUCUUUUUAAACAUCAGCCAGUUGGAAAUGAGAGACAAUUAAAGACCACAGAGGAUUUCCAAAAGGGACUGAUAAAUCUCCAGGAUAAUGUUCUUGCUUUGGCUGGUGCAGUUACUGGGUUAACUGACUCCAUGAGUAAAUCCAAUCAGGAAAUCCAACAUAUAAGCUCAACGUGCUGUAAUGCAGAAGUAACUGGCCGUGGACUGCCAUUACAGCCCAACUUAGCUUCUGUUGAUGGCACCAGCCAUCAGAUACAAGAGCUGAAGAACAGACUUGAUACACUUAACACACAGGUAUCUUCUGAACUGAACGAUUGUAGGCAAAAUACUGAUGUUAUCUCAGCUAUAGGUGGACGUGUAAGCCGGCUCGAAAAUAUUUGUGGAAGGUUGGAUGGAGUUUCUGUUAACAUCAGAGAACUGAAAAAUGGACUGGAGCAACAUGUUGGAGGCCUGCAGAACUGUGUCCAAAGGAUGAACGUAACUUGUGGAAAUCACGGAGCAGAAAUCACCUCGCUGUCGAAUUCCUUGCGGAAACUCCAGGCACAGAUGUCCAUGAUAACUAAGCAUGUUUUGAAGGAUGUUGCUGCUAAAGAGCCAGGAAUGACACUGAGACCAGAUCGCCCCUCUUCUUUGCCUGAUACAUCUCAGAGCAGAGCCCGAAUCAAACAAAUCCACAUCCCUGUCAUCGUUCCUCCACUGUCCUCGGGCUCCAGCCAGCCUACACAGGGCAACAAACACACAAUCAGGAUCAGUAAACCAAACCAGCCAUUGAAUCCCCAGCAUCCCCGUUUGCCAACGCUGCCUCUGGUUCCUGUAAGGCCUGUGGUGGAAACAGGAGAGGCCGGACCUCCGGGAUACAUUCGACGACUCAAUGUGCGCAGAGGAGCCGAGGACUCAUCAAGCAAACCUGUCCAAGGGUUUGCUGGAGCACCAGGCUAUCCUCCUCUGCAGUCUAUGCCUUCCAAGCCUAAGCCAACCAGCCAAGGAGCUACAGUAACACCAAAAGCACCUUUGAGCCAGUUGAAUCCACAUAUAUCAGAAUCGCCAGAUUCAGUGAACAGCAAUGUCUCUGCAGACCUGUUCUCCUUCUCCGCCGGCCUCACACAGAGCCCAACCUUCUUUGGAAAUGUUGCCAUCAUUCGCUUUAACAAGGUGCUAGUCAACGAUGGAGGACACUACAACCCCCUAACAGGAGUUUUUACUGUUCCGCACAAGGGCCGAUACUUGAUUUCAGGCUUGCUGACUGCAAAGCAGGGUGACUGGAUAGAUGCCGUGCUCUCUGUUUCAAACCGCAGCGUACACAGACUCAGGAGCUCAACCAGGGCCUCAGACAGUGCUGACUGCCCCUGCGGAGGAACUGUGUCCUUCAGUCUGAUUCUACCACUGAGGAAAGGAGACCGUGUCAGUCUGGUGAGGACCGGAGGCCAGCUGGCAUCGACUAACUCCGGGGAGGUUCUUUCCACCUACAGUGCCAUCUACUUGUACUCGCGGGUGGCCAAAAGUUAGCCAGAACGCAACUGAGACGCUCAUUAUCAGACGCCCGGACUGGACGGAAUGAUAAAACCUUAUUUUACACUGACUUGCUUGGAUGCUGCAGAUUAAUAUGCUGUAUCGUUGUGUGAACACUCCCAGCACUAUGUUCAUUUAAGAAGCCGUUACAUUGCAAGCCACUAGUAAAGACACCUGAACUCAAGAGGCAGGGUUUGUAUCUAAUAUAUUGUUACGAGGAAAUUUUGUAUCUAUUGUGAAUUGUUGUUUACCAAUAAAAUGCUUAAAAACUUGA